GAUCCGAACCCUAACUUGUUUUUUGCAAGCCAGGUUAUCAACAAUGCUUGUGCAACCCAAGCAAUCUUGUCCAUACUGUUGAACUGUCUCGAGGUCGACAUUGGGCCUGAACUGUCAAAAUUCAAAGAAUUUACCAGGAACUUUCCCCCUGAACUCAAAGGUUUGGCGAUAAACAACAGUGAAGCUAUUCGUGCAGCGCACAAUAGUUUUGCGCGACCUGAGCCUUUUGUUCCCGAAGAGCAGAAGGCUGCAGGUAAAGAUGAUGACGUGUACCACUUCAUAAGCUAUUUGCCUGUUGAUGGCAUGCUUUAUGAGCUUGAUGGUUUGAAGGAGGGACCCAUUAGCCUUGGACCGUGCCCUGGUGACCGGGAUUGGCUGCAGAUGGUGCAACCCGUUAUCCAGGAACGGAUGGAAAAGUAUUCCAAGAGUGAGAUUAGGUUCAAUCUUCUUGCAAUUAUUAAGAACCGGAAAGAGAUGUAUACUGCUGAACUCAAGGAGCUCCAAAGGACGAGGGAGCUUGUUUUACAGCAGCUAGCUGCCGCACGGAUCGAGAGACCCGUCGAUGGUAAUAAAUUUGAAGCACUGAACAAAUCUCUCUCGGAAAUAAAUUCUGGGAUCGAGGCUGCCACCGAGAAGAUCUUGAUAGAGGAGGAGAAAUUCAAGAAUUGGAGAACCGAGAACAUUCGCAGGAAACACAAUUACAUACCCUUCUUGUUUAACUUCCUCAAGAUUCUUGCCGAGAAGAAGCAGUUGAAACCCCUUAUUGAGAAAGCAAAGCAAAAGGCAGGAGACACUAGGUGAAGAGUGUCCUUUUUUUUUUUUUUUUUUUUUUUUUUUUUUUUUAAAUCUAAGAUGAAAUUAUGGUGUUUUGUUAAUUA